UUAUUAGAAGCUUAUUCGAAGGGACAAAGUGGAUAAGCUUCUAAAAGACUCCCAUGGUGGUCCCUGCCUAGCCACACACACACACCCCAUACCAAAUCUGCCCAUAUCAGCAAAAAUCCCUCAUUAACUUUGAUCAAACUAAUGGCUGGUGCAGUCCAAUUCUCAUAAUUACUCGCACCAGUACUGACUGAUGCCAAGGAAUCUCGAGUCCUUGCUUGAGCAAAUUCAUAUUCAUCAAGAAAAGUUCUUAGCCGACAUAACAAGUGGAUCUCUAGUCCAUCAAGUACCCAAGAUCAAGAGGGAAUCACUCACUAAAUACUGAAAUCAUAAGUUUGAAAAGCCAUGGCGGAGUUCAUUCUCUCUCCAAUUGCUGACAAAAUCAUUGGUGGUUUGGGAUCUGAAGCUGUGAAACAGAUAUCUCUUGUUUGGGGUGUGAAUGAUGAGCUUGAACAACUCACUGAAACCAUUUCAACAAUCCAAGCUGUGCUUUUGGAUGCUGAGAAGAAGCAGAGUCACAACAACCAAGUCAAGAAUUGGCUCCAAAGGCUGAACACUGUAGUUCUCAAAGCAGAUGACUUGAUGGACGAGGUCAACACUCAAGCUUUGCGACACCAACUCAUAAUGUCUCAAAACCCAUUGGCAAACCAGGUGUGCACUUUCUUUUCUGGCUCCAACCAACUUGCUUUUCGGUUCAAGAUGAGUAGUAGAAUAGAAGGCAUCAAGAAAAAACUAGUGGCCAUUUCCAAUGAUAAAAACUUCCUUUUGGAGAAAGGACUUGGAGAGACUCUGAGUUCUAUGAGAGUGAGAGAAACUUACUCUCAUGUACGUCAUGAAGAUGUUAUCGGGAGGGAUGAAGAUAGAGCGGUUAUUAUAAAUAAGCUUUUGUUCGAGAGUUGUGAAGAGAGUGUCCCGAUGAUAGCCAUUGUAGGUAUUGGUGGGUUAGGAAAAACCACUCUUGCUAAAAGUGUUUUUAAUGAUGAGCAAGUCCAAAAGCAUUUUGAGUUAAAGAUUUGGGUGUGUGUAUGUGAUAAUUUUGACUUGAAAUCAAUUAUUAGAAGUAUCAUUGAGUCUGCCAAAGGUGGUAGCAGUUUUGGAGACCUUGGAAUGGAGCUGUUGCUAAAGAAGUUUCGAGAAGUACUUGGUGGGAAGCAAUAUUUUCUUGUACUAGAUGAUAUAUGGGAGGAAAAUCGUAAUAAGUUGUUGGAGUUAAAAAAUUUAAUAAAAAGUGAUGGACAUGUUGGGAGUCGAGUUUUAGUAACUACUCGUAGUGAAAACAUUGCUAAAUUUUUAACUACCAAACAACAACCCUAUCGACUAGGGGUUCUUGAUGAAGUUCAGUCUUGGUCUUUGUUUAAAAGGGUGGCUUUUGAAGAUGGAUCACAAGAACUGGAUAGCUCUAGCAUUGUGCAGAUUGGAAAGGAGAUUGUGAAUAGGUGUAAAGGAAUUCCUUUGGCCAUAAAAACAAUAGGAAAUUUGUUAUAUGGUAAACGUUUAGAAUUGCAGUGGUCUUCCUUCAACAUGGAAUUUUCAAAAAUAACUGAGCAAAAUGAAGAUGAUAUUUUACCCACCCUUAGAUUGAGCUAUGACCAUCUUGCCUCUCAUUUGAAACUUUGCUUUGCCUAUUGUAGUUUAUUUCCUAAAGACUAUCAAAUUGAGGUGAAAACUUUAGUUAACCUUUGGAUGGCACAAGGAUUUCUUAAGUUGUCGCUUCCAAGUCGAAAUAAAUGUUUAGAGGAUGCAGGUUAUGAAUGGUUUUUGAAUUUAUUGGAAGGAUCAUUCUUUCAAGAUGUUGUGGUAGAUGAAUGUGGCAUUAUUACAACAUGCAAAAUGCAUGAUUUGAUGCAUGAUCUUGCAGUUCAAGUAGCAGGAGAGGAAUGUAUCACUUUUGUUAUUUCAAAUGGUCAAGGAAAUAUCAAGGAAGCUACUCAUCAUGUGUCCUUUGCAAGUGAUACUUACUCAGGAAGGGAAAUUUCAGCUUCGUUGGCGUAUGCCAAAAAUGUUCGAACUCUUUUGAAAUUUUUCUUUUCAAAGGACCAGGCAUUUUGUGAUGCAAUAAUAUCAAAUUGUAAAUUUCUACGUUGUUUGGAUUUGAAACGUUCAAGUAUGAAGUUAGUGUCAAAUUCUAUUGGCAAGUUGAUACACUUGAGAUAUUUAGACCUCUCACGUAAUUCUUAUCUCAAGUCACUUCCCAAUUCAAUUACGAAUUUGGUGAAUUUGCAAACAUUUAAGCUCAAUUAUUGCUCAAAUCUCCGAAAACUACCAGGAGAUAUUGAGAAACUCAUAAACCUUAGGCAUCUUGAAGUUUCUUAUUGUCAUGAUUUGAAUUCUUUGCCAAGUGGACUUGGUAAGUUGAAACAAUUGAGAUACUUGGAUCUUUCUAGUAAUAGUGGUUUAUUGUCCCUACCAGAUUCAACUAAUGAUUUGUUGAAUUUGCAGACACUGAUAUUGAAUCGUUGCUCAAAACUUCAAGAGUUGCCUAGAUAUAUUGAGAAACUCAUCAACCUCAAACAUCUUGAAAUUUAUGAUUGUGAUAGAUUGGAGUAUAUGCCAUGUGGGCUAGGCCAGCUAACUAAUCUUCAGAGAUUAUCAAAGUAUGUGUUGAUGAAAAGCGAAAAUUCUAUCCCAAGACAUGGUGGUGAACUAAAGGAAUUGAUGAGAUUGAACAACUUGAGAGGCAGAUUGGAAGUUAUAAAUUUGAGUUGUAAGAAAGACGUAGCAACAAAGUAUGAGAGAGCGAAAUUGAAGGAUAAACAAUAUCUUCGAUCAUUGAUAUUGGUGUGGGAUUCUAAUGUUGAAAUUGAUGAAACUGAGGCUAUUGUGGGUUAUGAAAUGUCAAUAGAAGGUCUUCAGCCGCACCAAAAUAUUCUAGAACUAAUGCUAGUAAACUAUGGGGGUGUUAAGCUCUCCAACUGGCUCUCGUCGCAUACAAACCUAGAGAAGCUAACUUUGAAAGAUUGUGAAAAUUGUCGGUAUCUCGUUCCAUUGGAGCAAUUACAAUGUUUGAAGCAUUUGAAACUUGAGAACUUGUUAUCUUUAGAGUACAUAUCCAACAUUAAUAUGAGUGAAGGCUUGCUUGGUUCAACAACAACAUUAUUGCAAUCUUUGCAGACACUUGAGUUGAUACGUUUGCCUAAUCUAAAGGGAUGGUGGAGAGAGAUUGUAAAUAGUGGUAAAGAAGUUGAUCAUUCUUCUUUUGCUUCAAAUGCAAAUGAAGUCAAACACACCUCCUUUCCUUAUCUCCCUUCACUUUCUUCAUUGUAUAUAGAAUGUUGUCCUAAGCUGUCUUGUAUGCCACUUUACCCACAUUUGGAAGGAGAAUUGCAUCUGGGCAACACUAGCUCAAAGCCAUUAGAAGAUACAUUAAGAAUGCUAAUGUUGAGAAGUAAUGUUGGAUCUUUAUUCCCAACAAGGUCUUCUCUCUCACCUCUCUCCAUGUUGGAAAGGCUAGAUCUGAUAAACAUUGAUGAUCUAGAAUGUCUUCCAGACUGCUUCAAGAGCCUUACUUCUCUCAAUCACUUGGAUAUUAUUCGUUGCUUUAAAUUGAAGGAUUUGUGUCCAGGCAUUCUACAUCUCUCAUCACUUCGACAUCUACAGAUUACAAAUUGCGAGGUGUUAGGAGACAUGCUUAAUAGCGAUGAUUACGACUUUAUGUGGCAAGCCUUUAAUGAAAGACUCCAAUCAUUAGAACUAUGGGAGUUGCCAAGUAUAGUAGUUGUUCUUCCUAAGGGUAUCCAACAUCUUACAAGCCUGCAACAACUUCAUAUCAAAUAUUGUGAUAGUUUGACAACAAUUCCAGAGUGGAUUCACAACCUCAAAUCACUUAAGAGAUUUACGUUAGACUCCUGUCCUCAUUUGACAUCAUUCCCUGAAGGAAUUCGAAGUCUCACCUCUUUGAACAAGUUAUAUAUUCAUGACUGUCCCAUUUUAUUGAAAAGAUGCAAAAGGAUUACAGGUGAAGAUUGGGAUAAGAUUUCUCAUAUACAACAUGUGUUGUUACAUCCAGAUCCUAACCAUGAAGAAAAUGAGAAUCCAUUAGAACCCCAAACAAAUGGAUGCAAUCUCUUCAACAAGUCUUGGCUCUGCAAUACUAUUAAAAGAAAUCAUGGAUAGAUAUGUGGAGGGUACUUUGGAGAGGAUGAUCCAAAGAAAAACAUGAAAAGCUAUAACUCUAUUGUUUUUUAGCUCAGAAGUCUCACUCUAGUAUCAUGUACUGAUUCAAAUAUGAUUCUUAUUUAAAGAAGGAAGAGUGAUCGAGAAGAAGAAGAAGAAGAAGAAGAGCAAGCAAGAAUGAAGGUAUCGACUAAGAGUGAUUAGGAGGAUGUGGCAUUGAAAGAGAUGACUGUUCCAACAGCUAGAGAAGCACACGAGCAAGCGAGAGAGCAAGAGUGGUUUUAGCCUCUGCAUCUGUAAUAAAUAACUAUGUUACAUUCAUGCAGUGAGUGAGUAGAGAAUGUGAAGAGUACUUGCUUGGAAAUCAUUGAGAUGGAAACUUACUUGUCAAUCCUACUUCGCUUCAUUGUAUGGAUAAUGUGAAUUUCAAAUUUACUUCUACACUUGAAUUUCAUGCUGUCACAUCUAUGUAUUAUUUGAUUUAAGUGUAGAUGUUAUAAUUAAUUCAUUUCAUACUAAAUCUGGUGCGAUUCACUGGCUUUCCUGAGAAUUAAUUAUGAUGAAGCAAGAAAUGUUGUUCUCUUAUCCUGUUCUUCAAACCAGUUUGCUCUUAUGGUGUAGGCUGUAGCUGUGGUUAAAAUCAUUGGCUGAGCUCUGAAAAGCUCGUAUGGCAGUAUGGCAGAAAGGGUCGGAAGGACAAGUUUGUUUGAGAAUUAUUCCCUUUGUAAUAUUUACUGAGAGAGGAAAGAGAGGAAAUUUGCUUCUUGGUGGGCUCAAAGUGCCAGAGUUCUUUUCCAGGAAAACGUUUGUGUGUUCUGUAAUCACAGUGAAGAGUCAGUGAUGCAUAUGUUUAAAGAGUGCCCAUUUAUGAAUGCUUUUAUGGUUCGGCUCAAGAUGGGAAGUUAGGCUGGUUGGAGGCUCUUUCCUUUGUCCACCCCAAGGAUUUAGUGGCUUGGUUUUGCAGUCCGGAACAGGUGCAUGAACCAGUUUUGCGAGCUAGAAAUCAACUCAUCUUUGAGACCCAAACUUUUAAGGUGCUCUUCUACAAUACCCAUUUGGUGAGACUCAAACUUUUUCUUUGUGUAUUCAUCUUUAGAGAUGAUGAUGAUUGUCUUGUUGAUCAAACAUUGUUUAAUCUUGAUAUUGUUGUGAGCCUCUAGUUAUACUAGAUAAGAAUUUUGUAAUCCCAUUAUUGAACAUUGGUGAUAGUGGAUGAUUUGAUCAGACUACGGUCCUCGUAGUUUUUUCCCGCAUUGGGUUUCCACGUAAAAAUCUUGAUGUCUUACUUUUAUGCUUGAUUUGUAUAUUUUCUAUUGUUUGUGGUAUUUUGGUUGAUAUUUGAUAUUGCUCAUUGUGGUGUUUAUAAGUAUCCAAUUUUUAACCUACAAAGAGAGAAAAUAUUGUGAUUAAUUGCAAUAGGUUUUCCCAACAAAAACAAACAGGGGGCCUCCGUUUAGAGAAAAGUGUUUGAAGAUGUGGCAGAGAUCACUAGAAUUCGGGAUAAACUAGGUGGCCACGGAUGCUCUUGAUGGCUCCUCCACUCUUCAAAUGGAAGUGCUGGCAAUUCGCAAAGCUUGUUCCGCAGCUACCAGGGAGUCUCUGGUUUCCCUCAUUGGAAUAUAGCUUCUAUCCUUUUUUUUUUCUGUUCUAGUGCUAGUAUAGUGAAAUCCUUUUGGGGUUGUAAUUUCAAGUUUGUAGCUAUAUCCUUUAAUGGUUCAGCAUUCACUGUUGGGGAGCUACCCUUUUGUGGUAGUUUAGCUCUUCUCUUUCAAUGAAAUCAAACUUAACAAAAGACAAAACCCAGAGAAAUGGUAGUUGCUUUUUAGAGAAUGAACUUCAAGAUCUCAAGGAAACCAUUUCAACAAUCCAAGCUGUGCUUUUAGAUGCUGAGAAGAACUGGCUCCAAAGGCUCAGCACUGUAGUUCCCAAAGCCGACGACUUGAUGGACGAGGUCAACACUCAAGCUUUGAGGCGCCAACUCAUCAUGUCUCACAACCCAAUGGCCAACCAGGGUUCCUCAAGUUAACAAAUACAAGUCAAGAUCAAUGUUUGGAAGACGUGUGUUAUGAAUGGUUUAUAACUUUGUUGGAAGGAUCAUUCUUUGAAGAUGUUGAAGUACAUAAAUGUGGAAUUAUAAAGAAAUGCAAAAUGCAUGAUUUGAUGCAUGAUCUUGCUGUUCAAGUAGAUGGAGAAGAAUGUAUUACUUUUGCAAUUUCAAAUGGUCAAGGAAAUAUCAAGGAAGGAAACUACUCUUCAUGUGUCUUUCGUAGACUAUGUUUACUCAGGAAGUGAACUUUCAGCUUCGUUGGCUCAUGCAAAAAGUAUUCGAAAAUUUCUUAGAAUCUCAAAGUCUAAGGAGGAGUCAUUUUCGAUGCCAUAACAUCAAACUGUAAGGUUAUACAUUGUUUGGAUUUGAACUUUUCAAGUAGGAAGAUAGUAUAGAAUUCGAUUGGCAAGUUGAAACACUUGAGAUAUUUAGACCUCUCAUGGAAUUCUGAUCUCAAGUCACUUCCCAAUUCAAUUACUAAUUUGGUGAAACUCAAUGAUUGCUCAAAUCUCAAAGAAUUACCUAGAGAUUUCGAGAAACUCAUCAACCUUAGGCAUCUUGAACUUUCUUGUUGUUAUAAGUUGACACAAUUGAGAUACUUGGAUCUUUUUCGGAAUAAAAGUCUAUUAUGACUACCAGAUUCAACUAAUGAUUUGUUAAAUUUGCAAACACUGAUACUCAAUAAAUGCUCAAUGCUCAAAGAACCUCCUAGAGAUAUUGAGAAACUCAUCAACCUUUGGCAUCUAAAUAUUUUUGGUCGUGAUAAAUCGGAGUAUAUGCCACAUGAGAUUAUCAAAGUAUGUGUUGAUGAAGAGCGAAAAGUCUAUCCCAAGACAUGGUGGUGAGCUAAAGGAAUUGAUGAGAUUGAAUAACUUGAGAGGUGGAUUGGAAGUUACAAAUUUGAGUUGUGAGAAAGAUGUGGCAGCGGAGUAUGAGGAAGCAAAAUUAAAGGAUAAACAAUAUCUUCGAUCCUUGACGUUGAAGUAGGAUUCUAAUAUUGAAAUCGAUGAAGAUGAGGCGAUUGUUGGUUAUGAAAUGUCAAUAGAAGGUCUUCAGCCACACCAAGAUAUUCAAGAACUAUGUCUAAGUAAUUGUGAGUUUAGAUGUUAUUAAAUUCCAUUUGAUAAUAAAUCCUAUAUGCUGUAUGAGAGAGAUAUACUUUUGCCACUGAGAAAUGAAUAUUGAAUACUAUGGUGAAGCAAGAAAUGUUGAUCUAUCGUCUCGUUACUCUGGUAAACAUAAAUGUAUAGUUUUAAAUUAUUCCUUUCAUGAUAUGUGAUAAUUAGUUAUGGCUAUA